AUGAACGGAAACUGGAACAGUGAACAAAACGCCACUUCGUCAUGCGAGAAUGGAUCGAUAAGCCAGCAACUAGUGGCACAAGAUGUGCAGAAUGUGGAGAUAUCUGAAUCAUCGCCCGCAUCUUCUAUGGAAACCACUUUUAAUCAAGGGAACGAGAAGAAAUCAAGCAAGGGGAAACGCACGAGAACAGCCUACUCCAGCGAGCAGUUGAUCGAGUUGGAAAAAAAUUUCCAACGUGGCCAUUAUCUGUGCAGAACACGACGCAUUCAAAUAGCGACGGCGCUCGAUCUAACGGAGAAACAAAUAAAAGUGUGGUUCCAAAAUCGGCGAAUGAAAUUUAAGAAAGAGAAGAAGGAAUUGUGUGCGUCUAACGUGCAGACCAAGACCGCGGACUAUUCGGGGAACAUGCCAGCAUGCAGCACAUUACCUAAAAAACACACCUAUAACACGAUUUUGGAGCUCCCUGCAUCAUCGAUGCAAAAUAUACACAACGCUUCGAUGAUUCUGAACAAUAACAUGGUACAAAAUUCCAAUCUGUCCUAUGUAUAUCCUGGAGACGUAACGCAGAACGUGCCGCAAGACGGUUUAGCAAUAUCUAAUUAUGGAGUUAUCGAUCAGCAGCUCGAGCAAGCACCGCAGCAAAGCUACCAUCAUAAUAUUCCAUACGACACUUUGCCGAAUCAAACAUCCUCGUGCCAACAGCACUUUUACUCGUAUCAACAGCAGGCCGACUCUAUUACUCAAUAUUCUCAGCCGCAAGAGAACGAGAAUUUCCUUCAGUCGCAAUGGAACUACGUGCCGAACAACGAUGCAAAUUCUUAUGGACCGAUACAAAAUAAUCACGUCAAUGCCAACAUCGCGAAUGAUAUUCCGAAUCAAAUCACUGUGCCGAGUCUAAUGCCAGAAAGUGAUGAAAAUCGUUAUGUUAAUAACAUAAGCAUAUCCGAUGCUUCAUCCUGGUUCAUGCAAAAUAAUCAGGAUAUAAUAUAA